CGUGGAGUCAUCGUAAGGUGAUACUGUGUUGCUUUUAUUGACACAUUCGCUGCUUCAAAUCUUUCUCUUCCUCCAAACAUCUUCGUCAGUCUCAGCAAGAGGCGCAACCUACAAACCAUCCAUCUAUCAACGACAACCGCUCCCACAGCUUCACCCACAAUGUCCAUCGACAUCUGCCCCUCCGAAAUCAUCGAGUCCAUUGUCGAGCUGCUGGAGAAAGACGACGUUCUCAAUUUGCGGCUCUGCAAUCGCGCUCUGGCUGCCCUGGCCGCCGGAGACACAUUCCGAUCGUAUUUCGACACCUACACCUUGCAUCUCAAUCUCGAGGCUGUGCGCUCCUUCAUCCGCUUCACCGAGUGUCAAACCCUUGCGCCUUUUCUCAAAAACCUGGUGCUCGUGGGUGAGAUCGUCGACACGCACUUUCUAGACGACGUAAUCCGGCGCAAAGGCUACACGGAGUAUACGCCCUACGGGACAAGACGUUCGAUUCUGCAUCCUUGUACCCCGGCGGAGCUGGAGGUGUUGAAGAAGACCCAAGAUGCGCUGCAUGCCCUGGAGAAGGAGCAGCACGAACGUGACCAUGCGCUUACCUGGCCGAGAGUGACACUCAACUGGACGGAUUCGAUGUCGAAAGUGCUGGCCGAAGCUUUCGAAAGCCUGAAGAAGUACCGCAAAUCAUACGCACUAUCACUGGAACUUGCUCUACUUCGCAGAGACGCGAUUCGCGGCGAGCGGCCUCUUCCUCGAAGCCGGGAGGAGGAUCCAUGGGACCAGGAGACGGCGCCCGAGAUAGCCUCGAAGAUCCUACACAUCUGCAUCGCUUCCCUCGCGCAAUCUCGACUGCCUGUCCACUCAUUGAAUGCUUUCUAUGGCCUGCCCUAUUGCCAUUCGCCCUGCCGCGACUUACACGAUAUUGCGAAGCACGAAGAAGGUCUUCGUGCGGCUUUCAAGUCACUCAGUUCUCUUUCCAUCAGCCUCUGUGCGCGCAUUUUGUCCGAAAACGAAUCAUAUGAGGUCGAAGAAGACGAAGACCCAGGGUUUGCUAAGAAAACCCUGCUCAACGACGAGGGCAACUUCGCCGGAUUCCCAGUCUUUCUGUCCUUCAUGCCCCUCCUGGAAUCGCUCCGAAUCCACUGGUACACUGUCGAGCGCUCUCAACCCCGUCGCUUCCUCGAUCACCUCAGCGCAAGCGCCUACAACCUACCCCUCCUCCGCUCGUGCACCCUGGACGGGGUGUGCUUCAGGCAGGCCACCUUGUCGACAUUUCUCCAUAACUUUCCGAUCAAACGCCUCACGAUGGUCGGAGUCCAGCUGAUUCAUUCGCGGAACCAUGGCUGGCCCUCGAUGACCUGGGCCGAUACAUUCAAGGAUCUCACCCGGGAAGAUUCGAGCUUGGAAUACCUCUUCCUUGACGAGCUGUACCAUUCGAAUGCGUUGAUCUUCUUCAACGAAACGUCGGCUGCUGACCGCACAUACCCCUGCGAGAUAAUGGAGGAUGGGGUGGGCGCGAAUACGCUCGUCCGCUGUGGAAUGGAGCAGAUCCGGGGAUUGCCGAUUGAGUACACGGUGCCCCGAACGAGGCGUACAGUUAAACACGCAUGUUCGGAGUGGUACCAAAACAGGUGGCAAAAAUAUGGAUAUGAACAGUCUUGAUGCCGACGUUUUCGUUAUGCGGAUACUUGAUGACAUGCGAAUCGGGUCGUGGUGAUCAAGGAAGUACAAGAUAUCUCUGCAGCUUCCUUCGUAGUUCAUACAUGCCGUGCAUCUGAUAGCCUCCCCUCGCUGACUGCGUUUCGAGAGGUGGCGCCCGUACUGUGAGCCCUACACUUCUCACUUCUCAGCAUCGGACAGGCCAGCUGGGUAGGGGUUAUUUCGCACUUCA